UGCGCAGUAGCUCCCUGGCUAUCAGUCCAAUCUCUCUCACUCUGCUCCAUUCUCAUCAUCAUCAUCAUCAUAAAACCAACAUCACCUGAUCACCAUUAAUUCACCAUCCAAGUUUCCACAAAGUAUGAAUCAGAGCUUUCGCUAGACCUUUCUUUCACUACCCCUUCCUUGUGCUCGUCUCUCCGCUUUCAUUCCCCAUUGUUCCUGCAACUUGACCUGCAGCAGCAGCUCGUUCAGGUUCAGGUUCAUCUUCAUCUUCUUUCUCAUUUAAUUUUCUUGAGGAAAUUUAAAUUCUGCGAUUCUAAUUUUAUCCUGCCAGAGCAUAAUUCUUCCGGCCGCCAAUGGAGGAUCAAAAUUCUGUUCGUUAGCUAUCGAGUUGUGGUGAGUGACAGCGUGAGAGUCUCAGCUUCUGGUCUUGUUUGAAUUCUCGUUUUCACGCUUUCACCUGAACUGCACGGCAACACUGGUUUCUUUCUUGGACUAGUGGAGGAUAUUUCAGUUAUUUAGUUUCUUGGUCCAGGUUCGAAUUCAGUAUUACACCAUGAACUGCACGGCAACAAUCUUCUCAUAAAUCUUUUAGUUACGAGUAAAUUAGUUUGUAGCUAAAAGUGGCCCAGCUAAAUUUUUUACUCUUCAUUGCUAUACUCCGAAUAUUUAGCUGUAAAUACAAUAUAUUGUAGCCAAAUUAAAAGAUAAGAGAUGAUUGCUACAGAAGGGAAGUUGAUGAAGCAAAAGUGUGAAAUUAUUUUGUUUCGUAAAAGGGAAAAUAGGCGGUUGUAUCUAACUAUUAGCUACAAAGUAAUAAGUGAAAACAUAUCUUACAAAUAAGUUAAUUUCAAUUAUUGAUUUGCCACUAAUCUUCUUGUAGCUAUAAUGUGGUUUAUUUCUUACUAGAAAUAGACUCGUGGCUGUAAGUUUUGGGUCUAAUUAUUUAGUUAUAAGUCCAUAAAAUUAAAAUAGUAUAUAAGAUAUAUGUUAUAAAUAAUUAUUCCCACUGUGGAAAUAAACAACACCAUUAACACGAAAUAGAAGAGAUGGAGUAACACCGCUUUUAUUCCAUACUCUCGUAAAUUGAUUAUAUUGAACCAAGAUGAAAUACAUAGAGAAGUGAGGAAGAAGAGAAGUGAAUUGAUGUGUCUUCUACUUCUGUAGGUAUUGCCUUUUAUAGGCAAAAUGGAGCAUUGGGAUCCAAUGCCAUAACGAUGAGGAGGAGAUGGCAGUUGGGAAGUGGAGUCAAUUGGCAUCCACAUAUAUACUUUCAUAAUAAUAUAUAAAUUUUUUAGGUAAUGAUUUUAUUUGUAUAUAAUAUUUGAAAUUUGAAAUAUUCUGAAAAAUUCUAAAAUUUAUUUGGAAUCAUCCAUAAAUGAGUGUUUUAUGGUUUACAAUAAAUGAUUUAUCUUUAAUCAUAAAUGGACUCCAUAUAUAAUUUAUAUAUUAAAAUCCUCUGUAUAUAUAUAUGGUGUAUGUUGUAUACCCACUAAUCUUUGGCGUGCGUACGAUCUUAAAAGUCAGUGUAAUUACGGGUUUUUUUGAAAUUAUAAAUUAAAUUACCGUACUAAUCUCCUAAUGUUAAAUCGUUACGUUAUAAUCCACUUCUGUCAGCGGUUUAGUUAUGACUUACAAACCAAAGUCAAAUUUUGGGUAGACCAUCCAACCCUGUACCGUUGAGGUGGAACUAGCUAGCUCAUGAUAUGUUGAGCCUUAAAGUUAGUAACUGAAUGCAUGCUGCCCAAGAAGUGAGUUGCAGUUUGGAGCUCAGGUGGUUCUUUUCAGUCAACAGCUGUAACGAUUAUAUAUAUAUAUUUUCCUGAACCACUUUGUUUAGUCAAUAGCUAUAGCUGUGGUGCUGUAGUCCUAUUUAUGCUUGCAACUUGUUUGUUGGUCGAGUACUGAUUCCUGUUCAAUGUUCUUUUUCCCGCAACAGGUAGAGAGAGAGAGAGAUGCAUAUGGCUAAUGAUGGCAGAGCCGAGGUGGUAAUGUCAAUUAUCUCAGGUGAGAAUUCCCAAAUGCCAGAUGAAGCUGCGGUGGAUGAUGAUUAUGGGAGUGGCGAUGAGCCAUUUUUCUUGAGUUUGAAUCCCCUGGUCGUGAAUCCUCGUGCGGAAAAUGUUCAGCGGUUGAACAAGUUUUUUGUCGUUUCGUGCCUGUUGGCCAUUUUUCUCGACCCGUUGUUUUUCUUCUUGCUAGCUGUGAACCAGGUACGAACUUCUGAUUCAUCACCACCAAUCAUCAUUUUGGCAUAUUCCCAAUCAACCCUGAGAUUUCUUUGUUUAUUUAAAUAAUAAAAGAAUUUGGUUUGUGUUGUAAAAUAGCAAGGAAGAGCAACAGACAUAAGAGUAAGAGUAGAGACACAAGAAGAGUGGGGGAAUAGAGCUUUCUUAUUCAUGUAUUCCUUAGUACAAGGAGAUCAUAUAUUUAUAGGCAUACAUCACAUAACCUCUACAUUCUUACAAUCAAUAUACAUGAAUGUGAGAAUGAAUGUGAAAUAGAAAU